AUGAAGACGUUACAGUUGCGUUUGAAUUCUAUCAAGAAACUGUCUACAAUUGCUUUGGCACUUGGUGUUGAGCGUACUCGAGUAGAGCUUAUUCCAUUUUUAACUGAAACUAUUUAUGAUGAAGAUGAAGUAUUGUUAGCAUUGGCUGAGCAAUUGGGAAAUUUUACCAAUUAUGUCGGAGGACCAGACUUUGCAUAUACACUAUUGCCUCCCUUGGAAUCAUUGGCCACGGUUGAAGAAACAGUUGUUAGAGAUAAGGCAGUUGAGUCACUACGUCAAAUAGCAGUGUUGCACUCUCCAACUGAUCUUGAAAAUCACUUUGUUAGUCUUGUUAUUCGUCUGGCGUCUGGUGACUGGUUUACAUCACGUACAUCUGCUUGUGGUUUAUUUUCGGUUUGCUAUUCUCGUGUCAAUCCAAUGAUCAAAUCUGAAUUACGCAACUUCUUCCGUAAUUUGUGUCAGGAUGAUACUCCUAUGGUGCGGAGGGCCGCUGCAGGAAAAUUGGGUGAAUUUGCAAAAGUUGUUGAAUUGGAUUCCUUAAAAAAUGAUCUUAUACCUAUGUUUUCAUCGCUUGCUCAAGAUGAACAGGAUUCUGUUCGUCUUCUGGCUAUUGAAGCUUGUGUUAGUAUAGCCUCAUUGCUUACACAUGAAGAUGUGAAUGAUUUAGUGAUGCCAACUUUGCGCUUAUGUACCUCAGAUAGUUCUUGGAGAGUGCGAUAUAUGGUGGCUGAUAAAUUUACUGAGUUACAAAAGGCUGUUGGACCAGAAAUUACUCGUAUUGACUUGGUACCGACUUUUCAAUCAUUGUUACGUGACACUGAGGCUGAAGUGAGAGCGGCAGCGGCCAAUAAAGUGUGUGAUUUUUGUCGUAAUCUUUGUCCUCCUGUUGCUUCUGGUGCUUUAUUAAAUGAUCCAAAUGCUGCACAAACUUCAAAUGCAGUUGAUUCCAUUAUUAUGACAUCAAUUUUACCUGUCGUUAAAGGACUAGUUGCAGACACUAAUCAACAUGUCAAAUCAGCUUUAGCAUCUGUAAUAAUGGGCUUAUCUCCAAUUCUUGGAAAACAAAGAACUCUUGACCAUUUGUUACCACUAUUUUUGACUCAGUUAAAAGACGAAUGCCCUGAAGUACGUCUUAACAUAAUUUCAAAUUUGGAUUGUGUUAAUGAAGUAAUUGGAAUUCAACGGCUCUCUGAAACACUUUUACCUGCUAUUGUUGAACUUGCUGAGGAUCCUAAAUGGCGGGUUCGUUUAGCAAUAAUUGAAUAUAUGCCGUUAUUAGCAAGUCAACUAGGUGUACAGUUCUUUGAUGAUAAACUCAAUAGUUUGUGUAUGACUUGGCUUACUGAUCAUGUGUAUGCUAUACGAGAAGCUGCUACAUUAAACUUGAAAAAGCUAGUGGAGAAAUUUGGAGCAGAAUGGGCCCAAACAUCUGUUAUACCAAAAGUCAUAGUUAUGGCUAGAGAUCCAAAUUAUUUACACCGAAUGACAUUCUUAUUUUGCAUUAAUGAGCUCGCUGAAGUAUGUGGUCCAGAAAUAACUGCUAAGACCAUGUUACCAACUGUAUUAUCUAUGGCAAGUGAUAGUGUGGCUAAUGUGCGUUUUAAUGUAGCCAAGACACUUCAAAAAAUUGGACCAAUUGUUGCACAAUCUGCUGCGGUGAAAUCUCAAAUAAAACCCGUUUUGGAUAAAUUAAAUACAGACACAGAUGUAGAUGUCAAAUAUUUUGCUGCGGAAGCUAUGUCAAUAAUUGCGUCUUGUGCAUUUUUUCCCUUCCCACUUGGCAUAUGA